UACCUUCCAAUGUGUGUAUGUAUGUAUGUGUGUGUGUGUGUGUGUGUGUGUGUGUGUGUGUGCGCGCGCGCGUGUGUGUCUGUGUGUAAACUAGUUAGCCAAAUGCUAGCAUACUAUGGGUGCUAUAUGAUUUUGAACAUAGCUACUGACAACGUUUCAUGAGUCGUACGCAAAGCUACGGCAGGAAGAAACACAUUUCGCUCCACAUCGUACAAAAAUGAAGGAAGAGAUCCGCUGCCGGUGGACCUGUGGACAGCUUUUACACCAGAGAGGUUGAGACACUUCGGCCAGCAACACAGACAACCAUGAGAAGUUAGCGAAUGGCUACGUUAGUCAAGCGAUAACUUUACUACAGCUCUGCUCAUGGACCACCAGCUGCCCGAGCUAGCCUUCUGACAUGGAAAAGAUACAUCAGAGAUGUGUGGAUGUACUGACAGAAGGCGGAAGGAAGAUGAACUACAACCAGCAAAAAUGCUAGUAAGCCAUGCUAGUAGGCUAGCUCUAAGAGGCUGUUAAUGUUGGGAACAUUUUAUUUUUAAACAGUGAAAUGAGUGGGACUUUCACUAGCGUUGGAGCACUGGGCAACUGUUAGUGGCCUUUGAUUUGGAAAAUAUCGGGGAGUGGUGGAGUCUGGGGGGCUUGGGAUGUGCUUGGUUCUAGGUUCAUGUUUCUAUAUGCAUUCAUUGGAUUGCCAAUGUUCCAAAAAGUCCCUUUCCUGAAUACCUGCCCAGGAUAAGGACACGGAUCUACAACAGUGGUUAAGCGAAUGAGGGGAUUCCAGCACAACAACAUGCACAGACUCCAAAACCAAUUUAAGAAACACAGGAGACAAGCCUGAGACAAGUUCUUGAUGAACCCAUCUUUGCUCAGAUACCAUCCCCAAUGGAACUACUGCUGUAGACAGACGGCUCUGUGGCUGCCACUGCUGCACGGUAUCCUGAGCUCCUGCUUCAAAGGGAGCCCUGCUGUUCCAACCUGGACGUGGACAUGGGUUCUCAGGCUCUUCAGAUACUACGGCAAGGGGUUUGGGCCUCCCUGACGGGGGGCUGGUAUGUGGACCCACACCAGAGCACGUUCUCCAACUGUUUCCACCUCUACCUCUGGAUAUUCCUACUGGCCUUCCCCUUCCUGUUGUACAUGGCUCUCCCUCCUAGCCUGUUGGUCGCCGGCAUUUACUGUGCCGUGGUGGCGGUCUUUUUCACCGCCAUCAAGGUGGUGAACUUCCGGCUGCACUCCAUGUUCGACCUGGGGGAGAUCAUAGAGAAGAAGCAGGCCUCGCUCUCCACAGACGCCCCGCGGUUGGAGGAGGGCGACGAGGGCUCGGGCACCCACGACGGGAACCAGCACAGGGACAGCCAUGCUGGCGUGGAGAUGACGGUCUUCCGGAAGGUCAACUCGACGCCGCCGGUGCGCUGCAGCUCCCAGCACUCUCUGUUUGGCCUCAACCAGGUGUCGGAGUUUCUGCCACAGCUAGAGGAUACAGGCGGAACCAAGGAUAUGAAGGAGAUGAUGAUGAUGCAGGAGCACGGCUGCCAUAACGUCAUGUUGACCACAGCUAAUCGAGGGCUUCUUCGCCAGUGCUCCCUGGACACUAUGAGGACUGCCACGGGGGUCCCGUCCUGCAUGGCCGCAGCACGGGGCUCGGAGUACCCGGGCCUCGUGAGCCUGCCCGCCGCGUCUGGCUUCAGGGAGCCCCAGGACCACCCGUCCAUCCCCCCGUCCCCCUCCAGCCAGGAGGACGGCGGCGACAGGGAGCCGUCCCAGGAGGGGGAGCGGCGCUCUCCGCAGAGCCCCGGGGACGCGCGCAGCCUGGGGGCCUACUCGCCCCUGGGGCCCUCGGCCGAGUCGGAGAGCCUGGGCGAGACGCCCCUCAGCCCGCUCAUCAAGAGCAGCCUGAGCGAGGAGCUGAGCGAGAACCUGCUGGGCCUGGGCCUGGACCCCGUGGCGUUCGGCCCCGGGGCCAAGCGCGCGGGCAGCCGCAGCGGCGUGGCGCUGGCCGCCGGCUCCACCGACAGCUGUUUCAGCGCCGGCGGGGCCACCACGGACCGCGAGACGCUCAGCACGGUGAGCAGCUACCGCAGCGAGAAGACGGACUCCACGCAGCUGGAGAGCCCCUCCCUCAGCCUGCCGCGGCCCGCGGAGCCCCGGGCGCCGGCCUCGGGCCCCGCGGCCACCCCGGGCCCGGCGGCGGCGGCGGAGGACGGCGGCGCGGGGCCGGGCAGCAGCGACACGGACAACCUGUCGGACAGCGUGCUGCUGCGCUCGCCGUCCCGCGAGGCGUCCGUCGGCCAGGGGCUGGACAGGACGUUAGUGGAGGGGGAGGACCUGCCCCCGGCGCCCUCCGACGCGGCCCAGCCCCCGGCCGCCCGUGACUCCUCCCCCUCCAGCAGCGGGCACUCUGAGGUGUGUGACCUAGGCCGGGCGGCCCCGGCGCCCCCCCUGCCGCCGCCCCGCCAGGCCAACUCCGUCCCCGCCGGGCUGGCUCUGGGCCUGGGGUGCUCGGAGCCCGCCCUGCACCCCUCGGCCCCCUUCCUCCUGUCGGAGCAGCCGGCGGCCGCGCCGGCCCAGCAGGUGGUCCGGCCCAAGGACCUGAAGCUGCUCCGGGCGGGCGGCGCGGCCCACCGGCCGGGCCGGAGGAAAGCGCCGCGGAAGCGCGCCGCGGCCGGCAGCAGCAGCUUCGACUGCGGCUCCUACAAGCGCCACCACGGCCACCGGCAGCCCCGGGACUACAUCCCGGUGCGCAGCCGGCUGGGGGCCAAGGCGUACAGCGAGAGCCUGUACGAGGACUCGAGCGACGACGACGACGACGACGACGACGACGGCAGCGACAUGAGCGCCGGCUCCAGCCUGGGCUCCCAGCGGCGCUACAGCUCCGACGACGACGACGACGACGACACCAGCUCCUCCACCUCGUGCUACUCCCCGGACCUCGCCAGCGCGGGCGUGGCCUCGUCCUCGCUCCCCGCCGCCCUGCCGCCCCCCGCGUCCCGGGACGGCGACCUGUUGCCAGGAGAGACGGCAACCCACCACCACCACCACCACCACAACAACAACACCACCGUCAACGCCCUCGCCGGCGGCGGCGCGUCGCACUCCCGCGCCGCGCAGCGCUCCGCCAGCACGGCCAGCGCCAAGACCCACGCCCGGGUGCUGAGCAUGGACGGGGCGGGGAGUCAGGGCAACACCACCGCCCUGCCGGGCGCCCUCCUCUCCAUGCCCUCCUCCUCCACCCCCGCGCCCCGCACGCUCUCCGUCUCCAAGUCCGACCUGGAGGCCCGCACCCUCCACAUCGACGGGGGCUUCCCCGGAGCCCACCACCACCACCACCUCCACCACCACCGGCUGGACUCCCUGGGCGGCUCCUGGACCGGGAACCAAAUGGGCUGGAGGGCUGGGGAGCUGGUGGAGGAGGGAGCUGUGGGUGGAGCCAUGGCAACAGAGGAGGGAAGCAAGCGGGACUCGGUCAGCAGCGUGAAGAGGACCCAGGCUAUCCGGCGGAGACAUAACGCUGGGAGCAACCCCACCCCUCCCCCCUCCACCAUGGGCUCUCCCCCCAGCCUCCAGGACCUCCAGCGCGCCCGCACCUCCUCCAACUCCAGGAACCGCACCCUGCCCUCGGCCCUGCAGUUCGCCUCCUCCCUCCUGCUGCCCCGGGGGGGGGGCGUCCACGAGGCCUCCACCUUCGACGACACGUCGGAGGGCGCCAUACACUACUUCUACGACGAGAGCGGAGUGAAGAGGUCCUACACGUUUGGCCCUGCUGGAGGCGGAUACGAAGACCCUAUGCAGGAGAGGGAGAGGGAGCGGGAGCGGCAGAGGGAGUUGGAGCGGGAGAGAGAGAGGCAGUCGCAGUCGUCGAGCUUCACCUCCACCGAGGUGCAGGAGGGGGCGCCGGCCUUGUCCAUGCUCCAGCCGCGGCCUGUGGUCCUGCAGGGCAUGCGGGUGAGACAGGUGCCCCUGGAGAUGCCUGAGUUCGACCUGGACCACGAGUCCCUCCAGGAGUCCCAGGAGAACACGCUGAUGAUCGAGGAGAAGGCCAAGCCCAAGCAGUACUACCGCUUCUGGGUGCUGCCCGGCCGCUGGCUACGGGUCCGCUACGACCGCCUGGCGCUGCUCGCCCUGUUGGACCGGAACCGCCGUGUGGGGGAGAACGUGUUUGCGGUGGUGCUGGGCAGCCUGGUGGCCUUCCUGGGCUUCCUGCUGCUUCUGCAGGGGUUCUUCAGAGACAUCUGGGUCUUCCAGUUCUGCCUGGUCAUCGCAAGCUGCCAGUACUCCCUACUCAAGAGUGUGCAGCCAGAUGCAGCUUCGCCCAUGCACGGCCACAACUGGAUCAUCGUGUACAGCCGGCCUGUGUACUUCUGCCUGUGCUGCGUCCUCAUCUGGGUCUUUGACCUGUCCGGCCGCUCCAGCAGCCUGCAGCCCUUCUCCCUGUACGGCGUCACCUUCUUCUCAGGACAGUUCCUGCUCUGUGCCAGAGACAUGCUCAUCGUGCUUGCCUUAUGUUUCCCUGUCAUCUUCCUGCUGGGGCUGCUGCCUCAGGUGAACACCUUCAUCAUGUCUGUGCUGGAGCAGAUUGACAUGCACGUCUUCGGAGGAACCGCCACCACCAGCCCCCUGUCCUCUCUGUUCAGCCUGCUGCGCAGUGUGGUGGUGGCGGCACUGCUUUACGGAUUCUGCCUCGGCGCCAUCAACGCUCCGUGGGGCGAUGCCCAUGUGCCGGUGCUGUUCUCCGUGUUCUGUGGCCUCCUGCUGGCCUUGUCGUACCACCUCAGCCGGCAGAGCAGCGACCCCACCAUCCUCUGGUCUCUUGUUCGCUCCAAGAUAUUCCCCGAGCUCGAGAACCGGACCCCAGAGGAGCCCCCUGUUGAGAUCAAGGACCCCCUGCCUGAGAAACUACACAACUCAGUGAAAGAGAUUCUCCACUCGGACCUGGUGAUGUGUCCCCUCAUGGCCGUGAUCACCUUCGCCAUCAGCGCCAGCACUGUCUUCAUCGCACUGCAGCCGGCCCUGAGCUUGGUGCUGUACAUCCUUGCGGGGGUGGUUGGUUUCUUCACCCACUACCUGCUGCCCCAGCUCCGGAAGCAGCUGCCCUGGUUCUGCCUGGCCCAUCCCGUGCUUCGCUCCAGAGAGUACAGCCAGUUUGAGGUCCGAGACGCGGCCCAGCUGAUGUGGUUCGAGAAGCUGUACGCCUGGCUGCAGUGCGUGGAGAAGUACUUCAUCUACCCCGCCGUGGUGCUCAACUCCCUGACCACCGAGGCCCGCAGCGUGGGCCAGCACCACAAGGAGCUGGACAUCUAUAGCCGGGCUCUCUUCAUCUCCAUCGCGGGGAUGAAGCUGAUGCGCUCGUCGUUCUGCGCCCCGUCCCUGCAGUACGUCACGCUGUGUUUCACCACGCUCUUCUUCCACUUCGACUACCCCCACUUCUCCGAGACCUUCCUGCUCGACUACUACUUCAUGUCCAUCCUCUUCAGCAAGAUGUGGGACCUGCUCUACAAGCUGCGCUUCGUGCUGACCUACAUCGCCCCCUGGCAGAUCACCUGGGGCUCGGCCUUCCACGCCUUCGCCCAGCCCUUCGCCGUGCCUCACUCGGCCGUGCUGUUUGUGCAGGCUGUGUUCUCCGCCUUCUUCUCCACCCCCCUCAACCCCGUGCUGGGCAGCGCCGUGUUCGUCACGUCCUACACCCGGCCCGUCAAGUUCUGGGAGCGCGACUACAAUACCAAGCGAGUGGACCAUUCCAACACGAGGCUGGCCACCCAGUUGGACCGGAACCCAGGCGCGGACGACAACAACCUGAACUCCAUCUUCUACGAGCACCUGACGCGCUCGCUGCAGCACUCGCUGUGCGGGGACCUGCUGCUGGGCCGCUGGGGGAACUACAGCACGGGGGACUGCUUCAUCCUGGCCUCCGACUACCUCAACGCCCUGGUGCACAUCAUCGAGAUCGGCAACGGCCUGGUCACCUUCCAGCUCCGCGGCCUGGAGUUCAGAGGGACGUACUGCCAGCAGCGGGAGGUGGAGGCCAUCACGGAGGGGGUGGAGGAGGACGAGGGCUGCUGCUGCUGCGAGCCGGGCCACCUGCCCCACGUGCUGUCCUUCAACGCCGCCUUCGGCCAGCGCUGGCUGGCCUGGGAGGUGGCCGCCACCAAGUACGUGCUGGAGGGCUACAGCAUCAGCGACAACAACGCCGCCUCCAUGCUGCAGGUGUUUGACCUGCGCAAGAUCCUCAUCACCUACUACGUCAAGAGCAUCAUCUACUACGUGAACCGCUCCAGUAAGCUGGAGGAGUGGCUGCUGAACGAGGCGGUACAGGAGGCCCUGAGGCCCUGCCUGGGGCCGGGCUACGUGGACAGCGACCCCACCUUCAACCUCAACAUCGACGAGGACUACGACCACCGCGCUGCCGGCAUCACCCCUGCAGCCUUCUGCAUGGUCUACCUGGACUGGAUCCAGUACUGCAACAGCAGGAGGCAAACGCCUGUGAACAGCGAGAGGGACUCGGCUCUGGUGAAUCUCUGCUUCGGCCUCUGCAUUCUGGGUAGAAGAGCCCUGGGCACUGCCUCACACAGCAUGUCUGCCAGCCUGGAGCCCUUCCUGUACGGGCUCCAUGCCCUCUUCAAGGGGGACUUCCGCAUCACCUCUCCCAGGGACGAGUGGGUGUUUGCGGACAUGGACCUGCUUAACCGGGUGGUGGCUCCGGGGGUGCGGAUGUCCCUUAAACUUCACCAGGACCACUUCACGUCCCCUGACGAGUACGAGGACCCGGCAGUGCUGUACGACGCCAUCACGGCCAACGAGGAGAAGAUGCUGAUCUCCCACGAGGGCGACCCCGUGUGGCGCUCGGCCAUCCUGGCCAACAUGCCCUCGCUGCUGGCGCUGCGCCACAUCAUGGACGACGGCAGCGACGAGUACAAGAUCAUCAUGCUCAACAAGAGGUUCCUCAGCUUCAGGGUCAUCAAGGUGAACCGCGAGUGCGUGCGCGGCCUGUGGGCGGGGCAGCAGCAGGAGCUGGUCUUCCUGCGCAACCGGAACCCGGAGCGCGGCAGCAUCCAGAACGCCAAGCAGGCGCUGCGCAACAUGAUCAACUCGUCGUGCGACCAGCCCAUCGGCUACCCCAUCUACGUGUCGCCGCUCACCACCUCCUACGCCGGGGGCCACGCCCAGCUGCGCUCGGUGUGGGGCGGCCCCGUCAGCCCCCAGAACAUCUACACCUGGCUCAUCAGCAGCUGGGACAGGUUACAGAAGGGUUGUGGCGCCGGCUGCAACAGUGGCGGGAACAUCGAGGAUUCGGACUGUGGCGGAGGCUCCGCCUCCAUCUCCACCAACCCCGCCACCGCCCACACCACCCAGAGCACCCCCGCCUCGGGCCUGCCCCCGCCCCACAUCUCCACCCUGCAGCCCUCUAUGGGUACAGACAACCCUGUGGGCCCCACCCCUAGUUGGCCGCACCACCCACAGCCCCUCCCCUUGGCCUUGCUCAGCCAAUCCGAGGGCCGGAUGGAGGCGGGGCUCCUCAGCUCCCUGCAGCGCACCUCGUCCAUCCAGGGGCUGCUGGGGCAGCACCUGUCCAGCUCCCAGCUCUCCUUCAGCAGCUCCAUGGGGCCCUCGCCUCUGGGCGCCGAGCGCUUCUGCCCGGGGAGCUUCCUGGACAGCUCGGCCCAGCGCGGAGGCCCGCGGUCGGGCUUGGGUCUGGGCCUCGCCCUGGGCUCCGGCCUGCACUACGACAGCCAUUUUGGAAAGUGGAGCCUUUCGGCCAAGAAGGGCUUCAACGGGCCGGCGUCGGAGGGCGACCCCGGGCAGCUGCUGACCGUCCGCACGCAGAUGAUUGCUCCCGUACCUCCACCAGAGACCUUCGUGACCCUUGACCCUCUGGGUGCCACCCUGGCGCUGGACAGCAGCCCCUUGCUGACCUCCAGGGACCCCCCCACCCCGCGGGAGGAGUCCACAGAGCUGCCUCUCCUGGAGCACCUCCGAUGACCCUCCCCGAGCCCCCCCCUGCUCCCCCGUCGCUGGGCCACGGCCCUGGGGCCAAGGCACACACACACACACACACACACACACCCUCCCAUCAGAUCUGAUGCGGUGGGGGCCCCACCCUGCUGGACCAAUCCAAACUGGACCCCCAGUUUGGCUGGAGGUGGGAGCCCCGGGGUGAAACAAACCAAACUCAACUCGUCGGGCGUUCACGUUCUGUUGUCUGGACGCACUUUUACCAGCGGCGUUCUCCCCGUCAGCCAAACGGGGGCCGCAGAUGCAUGCGAGAAGGUCGAGAGACUUCUGCAAACGACUUUAAUCCAGAGACCGCCGUCGCUCACGUGGGCCUUUGGGGGAGAGAGAGUAACGACGUUUGCGGCGAAAGGUUUCUAACCCAUGGGGGCGGGUCAACGCGACCAGGAAGAUCGUAAGGGACGUGUCGUUUCCAACUGAGAUUGUUUUUUUUGUUGUUUUGUUUUUCAUCGUAUUUUUUUGGGGUUUUUUGAGUCGGAGACAGAUUGCUCACUCCGACGCGGCUGGGCGCAGCAGCAGCAGCAGCAGCACUAUGAUCUGCCAGCCCUAAGGGACCGUCUGACAUCAGCAGCAGCACAAUGAUCUGCCAGCCCUAAGGGACCGUCUGACAUCUGUAGCUGCUGUGUGUGCUGGUCGGACAUGGGCGACCAAAUGACAAAGACACUAAACAUGAUGCAAAUUGGCACGUGCCCUUACUUUUUCUCCUUUUGUGUUCUCUGUAUGGAAAGUAGUAUGACACACUCCCAAAAAGUCCAAAUGAUGAUUGAUCUGUAAUUUAUUGAAGUGUUUGAAACUGUGCCUCCUCACAGGGACACGCUGAUUGGUUCUCCCUGACGGAACCUGUCUCACAGCUGACCUGGUUCUUGUUCUCAGGCCAACAUGUGGUGCUUCUACUGCCUAGUUUACACUCUAGUUAGUCUCCAAUGACUAGUUACGGUUAGGCCUGGUAACCAGUCCUAGGAGUGACUCUAGUGAGGCCUGGUAACCAGUCCUGGAUGUGGCUAGUUAUAGUUAGGCCUGGUAACCAGACCUAGUUGUGGCUAACUAUAGCCAUGGCUAGUGACGGGCCUGAGUUAAGCCUAGUAACCAGUCUCAGAUAUGACUAGUUAUGCAUGGUAACUAGUCCCAGAAGCGGCUAUUGGGACUGGGCUCUAUGACGAAACAUACUGACCAGUGACAUUGUGUUGAUCACAAGAACACUAACUGGAGUACUGAACACGCCUUGUGUUGUUUGAUUCGCUACGUUUUCUGGUGAGUGGAAUGUCCUUUUUUUGUUUUAGUUUUUUUUACUUGAAGAAUCCCAGAUUCUCUGGUGUCGACGGUUCCCUGAGCUGCUCCUAUAGGCUGAUUGAUCCCGAGGCGGUUCCUAUAGGCGUCCUGAUCAGCGCGUGUUUCGGCUGACUGGCCAAUGCCUCUCUCUGAGGAGCCGCGCUCAGCGCUACGUUUCUCUACUGCAGGGUCCAGCGCUGAAUUAGCAAGCGGCGCUACCAGCCACACACACACACACACACUCACACUCACACUCACACACCCGCACUCACACACAGCCACACCGACACCCACAAUCACUCACACACUUACAUGCACACACAGGCACCUCUUAUGUACUGGCCUGCAGUACGCCGCCCCCUAGCGUUGUACUACUGCUACUGCAUCUUCUGCUACUACUAACCUACCCUACAACUGCUGUGCAACCGUUACAUCCAGCGUUUUAGUUGGAAAUAAACAAAAAUUGAAUAAAGGUGGAAUAUUUAUUUGA